AUGGGCAAGUCUGGCAAGAAAAGCGGAGCUUCUAAGCAAGAUCCAAGAUUUGCAUCGGCUCUGUAUGACCCGCGCUUUAUACUCCCGAGCUUGAAAAAGAACAAAAUCAAGGUCGAUGAGCGUUUUUCCAAAGAAGAGUUGGCAAAGUUGAAUGUCACGGCUACCGGAAAGAAGGUGAAGGUCGACAGAUACGGAAGAAAGCUUAAAGAAAAGGACGAAGUGUACGAUAAGUAUUUUGAGGAGGAAAAAGAUUCUGAGGCAGAAGAAGAGGAGAAGGCUACAACUGACUCUCAAAAUGAUGGAGAAUCAGAAUCUGGCAGCGAAGCUGACAGUGAGUCAGGGUCGGACUCAGAAAGCGAAGAAUCCCAAGAUGAUGAAAUGCCCCAAGUGGUCAAAAAGAAGGUAGAGCCAGAGGUAUCUGAAGAUUCAGAAGAAGAAGAGAGCGACGCAGAGACUUUUGUCGAUAGAGCCAGAGGUGAGGGUUUGCAAUCUGACUCUUCAGAUGAUUCAGACUCAGACUCGGACUCCGAUCUGUUCAAUCUUGACUCUGAUGUGGAGAUCGAAGAAGAAAAACCAGAAGAGGGCGAUCCAUCUGAUACAUUUGCUGUAGUCAACUUGGACUGGGACAAUGUCAGAGCGGUGGAUUUGAUGGCCACGUUUGCUUCCUUUGUUCCUAAAGGCGGCUUGAUCAAGUCCGUCACCAUAUACCCUUCCGAAUACGGCAAACAACAAAUGCAAAAAGAAGAAAUUGAAGGUCCACCAAAGGACUUGUUCAAGAAGAAAAAGCAAGUGGAAUCAGACUCCGACUCUGACGAAGAACUUGAUCUUAAAAACCAAGAAGAUUUGGAGAAAGCUGCCCGCAAAUUGUACGAAGAGGAUGACGGUGAAGAAGAUUACGACUCCAAAGCUUUGCGUCGUUAUCAGCUACAAAGAUUAAGAUACUACUAUGCUGUGGUGCGUUGUGAUUCGAUCAGCACCGCGAAAAACAUUUACGACAACUGUGACGGGUCUGAAUACGAAUCCACAGCUAACAUUUUCGAUUUGCGUUACGUCCCAGAAGGAAUGGAGUUUGACGAUAGCGAAGCAAAGGACGUUUGCACCAAAAUCCCAUCCUCUUACAGACCUGAUUCAACCUUUGUAACCGAUGCAUUGCAGCACUCUAAAGUGAAGUUGACUUGGGACGAGACUCCAAAGGAAAGAAUGACUUUGGCCUCAAGACUGUUUUCGCAGAAGGAAAUCGACGAUAUGGACUUCAAGGCAUAUUUGGCUUCCGACAGCGAUGGAAGCGAGGCAGAACAAGCAUCCCUGUUGAAAGAUAAGUACAAGAAUUUGCUAGGAGGGAAGUUCUCUUUUGACAAGGGUGCCGACGACGAAGAAGAUGACGUUGAUAUGGAAAUCACAUUUACUCCUGGUUUGGAUCAAAACAAGCCACCAGAACCAGAAAAGGGACCUGAGGAAGAGUCUACUAUUGAUGCAUACAAACGUAAAGAAAAGGAGAGACGUGCACGCAGAAUGGAAAAGUUCAAGAACAAAGAGGCUGAAGAGAACGAAAACAAAGAAAAAGAAAAGGAAACGAAAAAGAGCAAGAAGGGAAAGAAAGGUAAGAAGUUGGAUGAGCAAGAUGAAAAGAGCAAAGCUGAAUUGGAGUUGCUUAUGUUGGAUGAAAACAACGACGACGAGAAUAAUGCAGAGCAUUUUAGCAUGAGAGAUAUUGUCAAGGCUGAGAAGCAGAAAAACAGAAAGAACAAGAAGGGUAAGAAAAACUACGACAAUGAGCUCGUGCAAAAUGACUUCCAAGCCGACUUGAACGAUCCACGUUUCAGAGAAGUUUUCGAAAGCCACGAAUAUGCUAUUGACCCUACUAGCAGCGAGUUCAAAAAGACAGACACCAUGAAGACAAUCUUGAAGGAGAGAUCGAAGAGACUGAGAAAAGAUGAAAAACAUGAAGAGAAGAAGCAUAAGAAACAAAAGAAGUCUGAAGAACCUAGCAUGCCAUCAUUGAACUCUUUGGUGGAGAAAUUGAAGGGGAAGAGUAAGCAUUGA